AUGGCAUCAUCUGAGGCAUCAACGACCUCAAUUAUUGAAUCACUCACUCUCUACGAAGUAAUUAAGUUCCUCCCAGUGGCAAAGAGAAAAACUCAGGAAUACGUCGAUACACUCGCAAAAUCCACAGCAAGUGCUCUUCGUGAAGAAGAAGAUGCUCGCUCUACAAUCGCAUUAUAUGAGUUCUUCUCUGCAGAACGCCAAAGACAACAUAAAAACCUUUUAGACUCAUUGGCGAGUCUACUCGAUAGAAUGAUUGCUUGUCGGGAGAAGGGUGAAAAGGAUAUGCAUAAGUUCAUAGAGGAGUCUAUUGACAUGGAGAAGGCGUGUAUGAAGCGGAUUGAGAAUUUGAUGGCGAAGAAAAAGACUGCAAGGAAUAUUUGA